AUGGAAGACACUGAGGAUUUUGUGGUUGACGAUGAUGUAUUUAAAGAACCAAUGAAGAAAAGAAGACGUUCAGAUAGAGACCAGCGGUUCCGCGCAUUUCCCUCUGUGGAACAAAGUGCUCUUAAGGAAUAUGAAAAAUUAGAGUCACGGACCAGAAGGGUUUUGAGCAACACUUAUCAGAAACUUAUUCAGUCUGUUUUCCUGGAUGACAGCAUUCCUAAUGGAGUCAAAUAUCUCAUAAACAGGCUUCUUGCCUUGAUUGAAAAACCAUCAUUGGACCCAAUCUACAUUGGAUUAUUUGGAAGCACAGGGGCUGGGAAGAGCUCCUUGAUCAAUGCUAUCAUCCAGCAAGCAAUGUUUCUACCAGUAUCUGGAGAAAGUAUAUGUACGUCAUGUAUUGUACAAGUGAGCUCAGGCUGCUGUGAGCAGUAUGAGGCCAAAAUCCACCUUCUCUCUGACCAGGAGUGGAAGGAGGAGCUGAAGAACUUGACUAAACUCCUGCACAGGACAGAGGAACCAGACAGAGAAGAGGCAGACAUGUGGGACAGGGACGAUGCUGUGGAGGAAGCCAUCUGGAAGCUACAGAUGUUUUACGGAAAUGGAGCGGAAAGAAAGAGCUAUGAAGAGCUACUAAGGGCAAGGCCCAAAGGAAAGAUUCCCACCUCCAGAAUCAUCACCCUCAAGGCAGAAGAGGCAGGAGAGCUGUCUGUCAAGCUGGACCCCUACAUCCGGACUCAGAGGAGAGACUUGGAUGGAGAGUCAGCUGAGACACAAAUUUGGCCCUUGAUCAAACACGUGGAAGUGACUCUUCCCAAAUCAGAGCUGAUUCCAGAAGGCGUUGUGCUGGUGGACAUCCCAGGCACAGGCGACUUCAACAGCAAGAGGGAUGAAAUGUGGAAAAAGACCAUUGAUAAAUGCUCAGUGAUCUGGGUGAUCAGUGACAUCGAAAGAGUUUCUGGAGGGAGAGCCCAUGAAGACCUGCUGAACGAGAGCAUCAAAGCCUGCCAAAGGGGCUUCUGCAGGGACGUGGCACUGGUGGUCACCAAGACCGACAAACUCCACCUGCCGGAAUAUCUGAGGGAAAGAAAAGUGGGAAAUCGAGCUAUUUUGAGUCAGCGGGAGGCUGUUUUAGAAAGAAAUGAAAUGAUAAAACUACAAAGGAAUAGAAUUCUCAAGGAAAAGCUCAAGAGAAAACUGCCCGCUGACUCCAAGGUUCUGGAGGCUUCUGAUCUGGUGUAUACAGUCAGCGCCCAGGAAUACUGGCAGCAGGCUCUCCUCACUGAGGAGGAAACUGAAAUCCCCAGGUUAAGAGGCUAUAUCAGGAAAAGGCUCCUGGACAAGAAGAGGAGGAUGGUGACCAAGUAUGUGACUGAAGCCUUUGGUUUAUUGCUCCUCACAGACAGUUUCAACUGCACGGAAAACCCGCCGAAUGAAUACUUGCACAUGAGUGGCCUGCGGAGAUUUGUGGAAGAAAAGAUACAGCUGCUGGAGAAGGCCAUUGACCAGUGCUUUGCCCACAUAGAGCAGCCUCUGCAAGAAGGAGUCCAAAAUGCCAGGACUUCCUACCGACGGAUCCUUGGGGCAUGUCUGGUGAGGAGUAGAGGAAACCAGGGCUUUCACCAGACUCUGAAAGCUGUUUGCCUGAAAAAUGGCGUCUAUGCCUCCAGGACCCUCGCAAGAAUAGAUCUGAAUGAAGCCAUCACUCAGCCCAUCUAUGACCAGAUCGAUCCCGUUUUUGGAGGCAUUUUUAGAGCUGGAAUGCCCACUGGUUCCACUUUGCUGCCUCACAUAGAAGCUUUUAAGCACUCCCUACUGGAGAAAAUGAUGGAAAUUGGAGUAAGAAAUGGCUGGAAAUAUGACAGCUACAAAAAAAGUUUCCUGAUCCAGGAGAUAAGCGCCAUCCUGGGAGGCCUAGAGGAUUACAUCCUCAGAAAGAAGAGGAGGAUCUAUGAAUCUCUCACCACUUCUGUUCAGAAUGACCUGAAGCCCUGUUAUGAAGAGGCAGCUCAGAUCUCUGGCAAAAAAGCAUGUGAGAGGAUGAAAGAUGUCCUCAGAAGAGGGGUGGAGCAGCAGGUGGCCGAGGGCAUGUUUGAAAGAGCUCAAGAAAGGAUGCGGCACCAAUUUCAGCUACUGAAGAAUGGAAUCACGGAGAAAGUGAAGGGCAGUAUCGCCACCAUGCUGACUCUCGCUUCAUCCCAGGGGGAUGGUCUCUACAAGGAGCUUGCAGAUGUCAAAAGUGAAUACAAGGAGAUGGAAAAGCUACACAGAAGCCUGCAGGAGGUUGCUGAAAAUGCAGUGCUGCGGAGAGGCAUGCAAGAUUUCCUUCUGAGAAUGUCCCCAAGCAAAGCUGUUCCCCCCAAAGCCUAA